AUGGUCAGCCGGUCCAUUGAGAGCCCGCAUGAACAACAACAGAGUCUGUUGCUUUCACGCAUCAUCACCAACAUUGAAAAGCUCAAUGAAGCUGUGGCAAUGAUGAACAAGAAUCUACAGGAUGUUAACGUACAGAACAUGAACGUGGAGCUUGUGGCUCAAAUGUUCAAGAACUACCAGUCCAAUGUACUCUUUCAUCUGGAAGCGACAGAAAAUCUGAAGGACCCAAUCUGA